CGGAGGAAAUGUUGGACUACGUUUCCCAGAGCCACCGGUUCCUAACGCGGCUUCAUUUCCGUUGGUUCGCGAGAUUUGGGGAACUCGCGUGGGGAGAGAGCUGUGUCUGUGGAGAGGCUUGGGCCGGCUCCGGUUGAGCCCGCGUACCCGAAAUCGGCCUGAAGCUCGGGCGCCAGGCUCUGGACCUUGAGGUGUACCGUCUGUUGAGAGGCCAGAGGAGGAAAAAAUGGCUGUUACAGAUUCAGAUGCAGAGUCCAAGAGAGCACUGAGUUUGACAGGGGUAAGAACCACCACCUAUAUUCCCCCUGCUUAGUGUGUAUUUUGGGAAUGGGAGCAAGAAGCAGAAGAAGAGAGCAACCAAGCACUGCCUUUUUCAGAUUCUGUGCUUCUCUAAGAUAUGAAUCCAGAACAGGACUGAUCAUUUCUUGCAGCUCUAAAAACCAUGGCUCAGAGAUCGGUAAUGUUCAGGGAUGUUGCAAUUGACUUCUCUCAAGAAGAGUGGGAAUGCCUGGACUUUGCUCAAAGAGAUUUGUACAGAGAUGUGAUGUUGGAGAACUAUAGUAACUUGGUGUCACUAGAUUUGCCUUUAAGGUGUGCAAAUAAGGACUUAUCUCCAAAAAAGGACACUUACAAAACAGAGUUAUCCCAAUGGGAAAUAAGUGACAGGCUUGAAAACUGUGAUCUUAAGGAGUUCAGUUCCAGAGAUUUUUUGGAAGUCAGAGGCACAUUGGAAAAUCAGAAGGAAUAUUUCAGGCAAGGAAUGAUCAUAUAUGGAAAAAUGUCCAUUUUCAACCAUCAUACUUACUUAUCUCAAUAUCCCAGAUGUCAUUCUACUGAGAAACCCUAUAAAUGUAAUGAAUGUGGGAAGGCCUUUAGACGAGCCUCGCACCUAACUCAACAUCAAAGUAUUCAUACUGGUGAAAAACCCUAUGAAUGUAAGCAAUGUGGGAAGGCCUUUAGUCGUGAUUCACAGCUCAGUCUUCAUCAGAGACUUCAUACUGGUGAGAAGCCCUAUGCAUGCAAGGAAUGUGGGAAGGCCUUUACUCAGAGCUCACAACUUAUUUUACACCAUAGAAUUCAUACUGGUGAAAAACCAUAUAAGUGUGAGGAAUGUGGGAAAGCUUUUAUUCGUAGUUCACAACUCACCCGACAUCAAAAAGUCCAUACUGGUGAAAAACCUUAUGAAUGUAAAGAAUGUGGGAAGGCCUUUACUCAGAACUCACAACUUACUCUGCACCAGAGACUUCAUACUGGUGAGAAACUUUAUGAAUGUAAAGAAUGUAGAAAGGUUUUUACUCAGCUCUCACAACUUAUUCUGCAUAAGAGAAUUCAUACUGGUGAAAAACCCUAUGAAUGUAAGGAAUGUGGGAAAGCUUUUAUUUGUGGCUCACAGCUUUCUCAACAUCAGAAAAUUCAUAAUGGUGAAAAGCCAUAUGAAUGUAAAGAAUGUGGGAAGGCCUUUAUUCGUGGCUCAUUACUUAUGCAACAUCAGAGGAUUCAUACUGGUGAAAAACCAUAUAAAUGUGAAGAGUGUGGGAAGGCCUUUAUCCGUGGCUCACAACUUACUCAACACCAGAGAAUUCAUACCAAUGAGAAGCCCUAUGAAUGUAAGGAAUGUGGAAAGACCUUUAGUCAUGGUUCACAACUUACUCAACAUCAGAGAAUUCAUACUGGUGAGAAACCCUAUCAAUGUAAGGAAUGCGGGAAAGCCUUUAAUCGUGGUUCACUCCUUACACGGCAUCAGAGGAUUCAUACUGGUGAGAAACCCUAUGAAUGUAAAGAAUGUGGAAAGACUUUUAGUCGUGGCUCAGAACUUACUCAACAUGAGAGAAUUCACACUGGUGAGAAACCUUAUGAAUGUAAGGAAUGUGGGAAGUCUUUUAUUCGUGGCUCACAGCUUACUCAGCACCAGAGAAUUCACACUGGUGAGAAGCCUUAUGAAUGUAAAGAAUGUAGAAUGGCCUUUACUCAGAGUUCACAUCUUUCUCAACAUCAGAGACUUCAUACCGGUGAGAAACCCUAUGUAUGUAAUGAAUGUGGGAAGGCCUUUGCUCGUGGCUUACUACUUAUACAGCAUCAGAGAAUUCAUACAGGUGAGAAACCUUAUCAGUGUAAGGAAUGUGGGAAGGCCUUUAUUCGUGGUUCACAGCUUACUCAACAUCAGCGAAUUCACACUGGAGAAAAACCUUAUGAAUGCAAAGAAUGUGGGAAGGCCUUUAGUCAUGGUUCUCAACUUACUCUCCAUCAAAGAAUCCAUACUGGUGAGAAGCCCUAUGAAUGCAAAGAAUGUAGAAAAGCCUUUACUCAGAGCUCACAUCUUUCUCGUCAUCAGAGAAUUCAUACUGGUGAAAAACCAUAUCAGUGUAAGGAAUGUGGGAAGGCCUUUACUCGUGGUUCACAACUAACUCAACAUCAGAGAAAUCAUAUCAGUGAGAAAUCUUUUGAACAUAAGGAAUGUGGGACAGACUUUACUCAUGGCUCACAAGUUUAUAUAUGAAUUGGUUCUUUGUGAUUAAUAUAGAGAGCAUUCUCGGGUCAACAUAUUAUCAAAGAAUUCUUAAAAUGUGCAUAUGGGAGCACACUUGUCUCAUAAAGCUUAGCAUCAGUGAAUUUAUAUGGGGAAAGAUAAUAUUAACGUAGUCCAUGUAGAAAAACUAUCAUUACUAGAAACCUCUUAAACUUUAGCAAACUUAAAUAGACAGUAAUUUGUUAAUGUAGUAAAUAUAGGAAGGUCUUUAGCCAUAGCACAUCUUUUUCAACACUAUCUUGACUCUACCAGUUGCUUUCCUUUGUGACAUUUAUCAUGAUAAUUAACCUCUACUUUCGUUUAAUUGUUAAGAAAAUCUGAGAAAAAUGCCUUCCUUAUAAGAUCUUUGGAAGUAUUAUAUGAAUUAUUACAUGUAAAGCUCUUAGAACAGUGCCUUGAACAUAACAUAUCACAAAUAUUAGGUAUUGUUAUAGUGUUAGAGAAUUUGCGUGAGAUGAGGACACUUAUGAAUAUUGAGAAAUCUUUCAUUAACACUUAACCCCAAUUAUUUGAGUAGGGGGCACUGUAUUCCAUAAUAAAUGUAUGAAAGCUUUCAUUCAGAUCUCAUCCCAUAUGCUUAUGAGGAAAUUCAUACUGUAAAAAAAAAAAAAAAAAAACUAGAUCAAACCAGUGUAUUGUUGAAGAGGUAUAUAUUUUCUACCAUCUCUGACCACAAUUCAAGAAUAUGAUUUAGAAAUUUUAAAAAAAGAUAGCCAAAAUAAAUCUACUAGGAACUUUUUAAAAACUUGAAUUUACAGUUUUUGAUUAAACUAAAAAUAAAAACUGACAUUACAGAUUUUCGCAAUGAAUGACAGUCUGUAAAUGAUGACAGUCUGUCAGAAACUACUUUCUCUCUACCCAAUAUCCAUUUCUCCUUAGUGACAGAAUUCAUGGUUGAAAACCAAUGUUAGCCUCCCUUGCCUAUCAACAAGAUGGAAGUAGUGUUUGAGAAGGACAUUUAAGAAAUCCUUUAUCUCUCUCUACUUUUUAAAACUCUGCCUACAAUGUGGACAUUUAAUCUGCAGCUCUGGCAGUUUUAUGGGAACUUUGAAAAUGGGUAUUAAGGAUAGUGAAGCAAAAACACAAUAAAUAUACACCUCAGCUUUAAUUUUAUGGAAAAACCAUAAACAAUUCUGGUCUGCCAGCUUCCUGUAUUUAUAUAAAAUGAAAAUAAAUUUGUUGAUGCUGUUGUCA